UCUUUCUCUCGAUUCUUCUAUGUUCUUCGAUUGCAGAUUACGGAUUCAAUCCAAUCCAAUUUUCAACUGACGGUAUUCUCAAUUUCUCUGCUUUUUGCGCGAUUCGAGUCCUAUUCGAAUGUGUGCUUCGAUUCGAAUCUGUUUGCAUGUAUGUCGUUGGUGAUGUUUCUGGUGAUUAUGUUGAAUGGUGGUGUUCCUUUUUUAUUUUUUUUGGUUUCUGUUUGGUUUUUGUAAUCGAUAAAAAUUGGAAUUAGUUUCGAGGGGUCUUGCUAGGUAUUCUUUUGGGUGAGCUGGGUUGUAAAUUAGCAGGCACACUGUUAUCACUUCAGUUUUUGUAUCCAUAGAAAUAAGGAUUCUAGCAUGCGUUUCGAUUGGGACUGUAUUUCAAAUUUUAUUUUCGGGCUUAUCCAUUUGUUUGUGUUUUGAUUUCUUUGUUCCACAUAUAUUAUUAUGGCUGGGUAAUGUUUGGCAAUGCAGGUUUUCAUUGGAUGGCGAAAAGACCAGAACCAGACGAUGAUGAUUUUAGCGAAAUUUAUAAGGAAUAUACUGGUCCUCCUCGAUCUACCACCAGCAAUGUACAAGAUAAAGCGAAAACAAGCAAAAGGUCUCAUGCAAGUUCUGAUGAGGAAGAGGAACCUCGUGACCCCAAUGCUGUCCCAACAGAUUUCACCAGUAGGGAAGCUAAGGUUUGGGAGGCUAAGUCUAAAGCUACAGAGAGGAACUGGAAGAAAAGAAAGGAAGAAGAAAUGAUCUGCAAAAUAUGUGGCGAAUCAGGCCACUUUACUCAGGGAUGCCCAUCUACUCUUGGAGCAAACCGCAAGUCUCAAGAUUUCUUUGAAAGGGUUCCUGCAAGAGAAAAGCAUGUGAAGGCGCUUUUCACAGAGAAAGUGAUACACAAGAUUGAAAAGGAUGUUGGCUGUAAAAUUAAAAUGGAGGAGAAAUUUAUAAUUGUUAGUGGCAAGGAUAGGCUAAUUUUGGCAAAAGGUGUUGAUGCAGUGCACAAAGUGAUUAAGGAGGAGGGUAAUAAAAAGGCUUCGUCUACUUCUCACAUGAAUAGGUCUAGGUCACCUGAGCGGAGCCCUGUUGGCCCUCGGUUUGGACGCUCUGAAUCCCAAAAAUCUCAUCCUAGUCCACAAAAUAUAGCACAGUUCCAACAGAGAUUUGGCAGGCAAGAGAGAGUUGUGGAAGACCGUAUUCGUGACGAUAUGCAGAAACUGUCAAGAGGUUCCCCACAAGCAAGAGCUUAUGGUAAUGAUGGAGCUAGAGGUCGUUCAAGCCAUUCAAAAUCUCCAGCUCAGCCCCCUUACACGGGCAGUUCAUAUAAUUCAUAUGAUGGACAUAAUCAGAGUGUGGGGGUCUACAGAAAUGAUGGGUGGGAUACUGAGAGACGAGGAUCUGAUAUGCAAUCUGGCCGUAAGUUUGAAUACCCUGCCGCCCCACAGACAUUAGAGGAGUUAGAGUUGGAAUAUAAGAGGGAGGCAAUGGAUCUUGGAAGAAUUCGUGAUAAAGAAGAAGAUGAAGAAAAUUAUAAGCAUCGUGAGGCUGUUAGGGAAAUGAGAGAGAAUUACAUGAAGAAACUAGCUAUCUUAAGGGGCACGCAUGCAAAGCAGUGGGAGGAAUUUCUUGAACUUGAUGCCCAAAGGCAACACCAACGGGCACGUCAACAGAUGUCCAGUUCAGGUUUUGGUGGCUAUAAGCAGGCCAGUUAUUCUGAUUAUGAUGGUUCCUCUGCCAAUCCUCAUUAUGCUGGAGCCAAUAUACCUAUGGAUUCAAGGGGCAGGUACCCGAACCCUGUGGAAAACUAUCCUCCUUCAAGGCCUCAUGAUACUUACAGCGAGUUUCAGCGUCAAAGGAGAGAAGAUUUUGGGAAAGCUUACCACCGAUACUAAAUUGGUAUUUUGGAAUUAAGUUUGGGUCCAGAUCUUGAUUGGGUACGAGUAAUGCACAGGGGAGCCCCAAAUUUAGGUAUGCUCGGUUAUGUUUUUGGGCUUAUGAAAGAAAAUGACAAACAUCAAAUUCCGUUGGUACAGUUCUUUCCUUCUCAAUUUGGUGUUCUUUUGUUCAAAUUUCUUUGCAGACAAAUUAUUUUAGCUUAUUUGUUAGGCUGGUAUUGUUUUAAAGUUACAACUUUGUUAGUCGUGGAGAUUUCACAUCAAUUAUCAGAGUAGGACCAAAGACACUGCUCAUUGGUUUGGAGUACUAAUCGUUGAAUUCAAGGUUAAUCGUUUGUUUUUUCUUCAUGUCUAUGAUAUUUAAGUUCCACAUCGGAGCACUGAAUGUUCGUAGAUGAUGGUUUUGCACUUGUUUCAAAUUUUCUUGGUCAUCACUAUAAUUUGGAUGCUUGGUUGGCACGGAACUAGAAAGUAAUGCCCAGUAAGCCUUUCAGGAACAAAGAAUAUGCUUCCUUUGGAGAGAGGUAUGUCUUGGGUCACCAAAUCUUUUCCCAAGCUCGUAUCAAAUAUGACUUGAUUGGCCAAACAGAUUUCACUAUUGCAUUGUCAUUGAGCAUACGGAUAGUAGUUAGUAGGUUGAGAAUCCUGAAUCACUCUGCAGUUAAAUUAACUACUUUUCUAGGCAGUACCAUUGCCGUACCAGAUGUGGUAAGUAUAAUUUUUGUGGUGCUGUUAAGGGCACACCACAGAUUUGUGCCUGUUCAGCCGAUUCCUGACUCUUCUCCGGAAUCGCUUCAAAACUAUACAGUUCUUAUUAUUCUUUCUGCUGGUGGCUUGAGUUUCCUCAUUCAUGACCAUAGAGAACAUGUCAUUAGAAGGGAACUCACCCGGUAAUCAGAGAGAGAGUUGCAGUACUCUUGAAGCUUGCGUGCAGAAGGUGUUGCAGUAUCAUAUAAAGCAACUGAAGAUUGGAAUGGAAAAAAUGUUUUAUGAUUAAACACCAUUUGCUUACAGUUGGGGUUAAGGUUAAGAGGAUGAUUCAAGACUAGGAAAGAGAAUGUACUCCUGCGCAACAGAAAGGUUAAAAUUGGCCAUGCAAAGGUUGAGAGGACGGUCAUAACAGAAGAAUUAAUGCUCAUAGGUAGCUUGUUAAUAAUGCUCUUGGAUGAUUUGGGCAUUCCAAAUAUUAUUCUAAUGAGUUGAUGUUGGCAA